AUGGAUUUUGUUCUUAUCGGCCAAUUUUUUUUGCCUGGCGGAUCUUCAAUCCGGCAGAGUGUUGGAGCAGAACGUAUCGUCUUGUUCUUCUUGGUGGUGGUGCUGCUUGCACUGUCGGCAGCUCGAUCUGCGGCAGGGCAGCAAGGCAAAAGCUACAGUGUCAUGGAUUUCCAUGCCGCUGGGGAUGGCAACACUGAUGAUGCAAAGGCGUUUGCAGCGACAUGGAACGCAACUUGCAGCGACAGCAGUUCGCCGACCAUGCUCAUCCCUGGAGGAAGGACAUUCUUGCUGAGCGAGAUCAGGUUGAGAGGACCCUGCAGCUCGCCGAUCACCGUGCAGUUGGACGGUGGCAUCGUGGCGCCAAACGUCAUUUGGACGACGACAGCAGCGAACCUGCUGACCUUCUACAGAGUCGACAACCUGACGGUGGAGGGGAGCGGCCAGAUCGACGGCAACGGCGCCAUCUGGUGGGCUUGCUUCAAACAAAAGAAAUGCAGUGUCCGGCCAAUUCUGCUGUCGUUCUCAAGCUGCAACAACCUAUUGGUGAGGAAUAUACACCUGAAGAACAGCCCAGACAAGCACAUGACCUUGCACCGGUGCAGCCAGGUGAACGUGUACAACGUCUUCGUCACGGCUCCGGGCGACAGCCCUAACACGGACGGGAUCAGCAUGUCGAUCUCCGACCAUGUGUAUAUCUCCUCUUGCUCCAUCCAAAGCGGAGAUGAUUGUAUAUCGAUUCUAUCAGGCACCACUGAUGUUAAUAUCACAGAUAGUACAUGCGGACCUGGUCAUGGCAUCAGUGUGGGGAGCCUUGGGUGUGACGGUUCGACAUCACUCGUGGAAAGGAUUACAGUAUCCAACUGCACCUUCUCUAGAACUAUGACCGGCGUGAGGAUCAAAUCGUGGCAGGGAGGGAGGGGCAGUGCAAACGGGUUCCUUUUCGAGAACCUCAAGAUGAAAGAAGUCCAACAUCCUAUUGACAUUGACCAGUUCUAUUGUCCCCCGGGAAACUGUCAACCACAGGAUGGUGCUGUGGCAAUAUCCGACGCUAGAUUCAUCAACAUCCAGGGGACAUCCUCCGACCCCGAGGCCAUCAAGAUCAUGUGCAGCAAGAGCGUGCAGUGCCGCGGCAUCUAUCUCGACAACGUUAACCUCUCCUACUCUGGGCAUACUGCUCAAACACGAGCAACAAUUUUAAAUGCCUAUGGAACCAUUGCGGGCAUGGUGAAACCAGAAGUACGGUUCCUGGGCACUUGA